UUAAAAAUGGCGACUGUCACGGAGCUCAAGGCUGUUUUAAAGGACACCUUGGAGAAAAGGGGAGUCUUAGGGCAUUUAAAAGCAAGAAUUCGAGCUGAAGUUUUCAGUGCCCUAGAUGAUGAAAGUGUGCCCCGACCAACAUUAUCUCAUGAAAACCUUCUUAUUAAUGAAUUAAUUCGGGAGUAUUUGGAAUUCAACAAAUACAAGUAUACAGCAUCUGUCCUCAUAGCAGAAUCUGGUCAACCGGUGGUUCCACUGGACAGGCAAUUUCUCAUCCGAGAACUAAAUACAUUUGAAGAAUCAAAGGAUAAUACAAUACCCCUUUUAUAUGGGAUUUUAGCUCACUUCUUGCAUGGAACUAAGGAUGGCGUCCAAAAUUCAUUUCUGAAAGGAUCUUCACUUCAGCUUCCAAACCCAAAUCCUGGUAGACAGCCUAGUGGAAAAGAGCAAAUGGAUGACCACCUAAGAAAAGAGAAGGGGAAAAAUGCUAAUAUCGAAGAUCUUCAUAUUUCUCAAGCUGUGAAGAGAUGACAUUUUCAUUUGGGGCAUCUUUUAUCUUAAAAUUGUAUGUAUUAAAUAACUUAUUUAUUUUCUCGUUGCCAAAACGCAUCACAAUUAUUUGUACUUUGUACAAAUUUGAGUUUCUGCAAAAUAUUUAGUCUUUCGUGCUUUAGUGCAUUUGUGAAUAAAAGCUAACUCUGUCACCUAGGUUACUGGAUUUGACUUGAAAGAAAAUGUAUUGUUUUUAGGAAGUAUUUUAAAGGUCCUUAGAUUUGUGAGAAAUGGAAAGUCUUUGUAGUAUCCUAUACAUUCUUCUAAAAAAAACAAACCCAGGUCUGUAGAGCCAUAUCAUCUGCUCUUUAGCAUGGCUCAUUAAGUAAAUUUCCUUCAGGCUGGAAUUAUGUGGAUUUGUAGAAAAAUUCAUGUUUUUUAAAUAACACUAAAGCCAGAAAAAAUUAUAAGUUCUUUUUUGAUUACCCAUUUUUUCAGAUAACCAUUUAUAAUUAGAUUAAAAUAUCUGAAUUACUAUCUAAAAUUGAACUUUUAAACUAGGUAACAAUGUACUUUUUCUUUCCUUAGAUCAUUUUGGCUUCUACUGGAAGAUUUAAUUAAAAUGUAGAGGGGGAACUAAUUCUUUUAAUUUUGCUGUAAGUAAAACAAAGAGUUUAUUUGAUUACAUGAAGAAUGUGGAAUCAGCCUGAAGAGACAGGCUUUAGGAGAAUACCAGAAAGUACCUUUUAAAAGAUGGCAUUGUUUAACCUCUAUGUGGCCUUCAGUUGUGCAAUUAUAAGAUGAGCUGUGAAAGGGCCAACCCCUAGUUAUUUGGGCUCUGAAAGUCUUAUUAAAUGUCAGUUUUUAUUCUUGGGGUAGAAAAAUAGUAAGAACUAUCAUAGUGCUAUCUCUAAAAUGCUGCUUUGAUAUUUAUUAAGAUAUUUUUAUAAUGUGGAGUCUACAGACUGAUUUCACUGAAAACUGACUUACAGUAGCAGAACCUGACUGGCAAAAGUCAUAGGUAUAUUCAGAGCACAACUGCAUGGGCACCUGGAUACCGACAACAUUUAGCUUAAACAUCUUCCACGGGAAAAGUGAUCAGGGCUGUAGUUGGCAAAAUUGGCAUUCUCCUUAUGGUAUUGACCCUGUGCUACUUUGGAAAUUAUUGAAACUUUUGAUUUUAUAUUUGGUGCUAGUCAGUGUUUAGUCCUUACACAUUAACCAAGAAUUUUUAUCUGAAUACAGAAAAAUAUUAAAGAAAUCCCCUUAAACCAUACUUUACAAGUCAAAGGAUUUUAAGAAGCCCUAUUGGUGGGCUAAAAUUAUAUAGGUGUAGAAAUAUUAUAAGGGUUCGUUUCUAUUUUUUAUUAUUAUUAUUUUUGUUAAUCCUCACUUGAGGAUAUUUUUUCCAUUGAUUUUUAGAGAGAGU